AUGACGCUAGGGCGAUCCAAAACUGGUAAACGAGGACGUCCCGCAAAAGUUAACCGGAAUCUUAGGGGCGCGAAUGCUGGUAAUGAAAACGAGGCUGGAGAUCAAGCACCACCUCCAGCACCGCCUGCUCCUGCUGUCCCUGUUGCGGGUGUACCCGAUCUUGGUACUAUGCAAACGGCUAUUCAAAUGUUGACUGUAUUGGUUGCUACUCAGCAACAACGUGGAGGUGUGGGACCUCAUGGUGGAGGCAGAUUUAAGCAGUUCCUAGACUUAAAGCCGCCAGAGUUCUUUGGGUCACGAGAGGUGGACGACCCCCAACACUUUUUAGAUGAGACCUUUAAGGCAUUGAGGGCAAUGGAUGCCCAGGAUUCAGAAGCUGUGAGGCUUGCUUCGUAUCAGUUGAAGGAUGUUGCUCACGUAUGGUUUGAGAUGUGGGAAUCUGAGAGAGGUGACGCUGCUUUACCUCCGACGUGGGCUGAAUUUGAGGAGGCGUUCAUGGAAAGGUUCUUGUCUGAUGAGGAAAGAAUUGCUAUGGCUACGAAAUUUGAAAAGCUGGAGCAGGGUAACAAGUCAGUUCGCGAGUAUAGUUUGGAGUUCACACGUCUGUCAAAGUAUGCUUUAUACAUGCUUCCGACUGAAAAGCAUAAGUUGACUCGUUUUGUGAAAGGCUUGGUACCACGCAUCAAGUCUGCAUGUGCUGCUGUUGCUAUGUCUCCUACUUGCACCUUCUCAUCUCUAGUUGGGUUUGCUGAACAACAAGAAAGUUGGAAAAAUGAAGAGAGGGUGGAUCGAGAUCAGCACAAGAAGGCCCGAUCAGCGGGUGGUUUUAGUGGUAAUAAUUAUAAGGGAGGGCAAAGUAAAGGGUAUUCUGCACCUGCUCAUUCUGGCACUUAUUCCCGUGCUAGUGUGCCUUCUGGUAGACAAGGCCAGAAAAAUAAUAACAAUACUGGUAGGUUAUUGCAGGGAAGUAGUCGUCCGCCAGUGUGGGAGAGUCGUAUCUGUCAUCACUGUGGUAUUCCGGGGCAUAUUAAGAGGGACUGCAGAAAGUGGCUACGUGAGAUGGCUGCUAUGAAUAAUCAAAAGAAUGAUUCGCCUGUUUCUGCAUUUGCUAGAAAUCCUCCUGCUGGUAAUGAUAACAAUAAUAAUCAUAAUGCUCGUAACAACGGCAAAGGAAAGGAAGUUGCUAAUACUUCUGGUGGAGGGACAGCUCGACUUUAUGGGCUGACUCGUAGGGAGACAGCUGAGUCUUCUGACGCAGUGGUUACAGGUAGCGGAGGAGAGCAGGUUCUUGAUACUUCAGUCGCUUAGAAAGGACUUGCUGUUGCUGCUGAUUUGGUGAGCCCACACGUCCAUUCGUGGGACACCCUUUUAUUUUGUUCUUCUAUUAUUAGUUUUGGGCUGCGUCCCGAUGAGUCAAACUAUUACCUCUUAUCCUAGAAGCUCCAUAGUAUACAUUCUUGUGGGUAGUUAUUGAGUUUUGUUAACUCUUGGGCGUUGUCACGUUUUGAUUAACUCUUAUGAUAUUAAAGACUUCCGCUGAUUUAAUUCAUGUAUUCAUAAUUUGUUACAUUUAAUUUAUAAA